GUUGUGAAAAAGCUUUAAAGUAACCAAACAUAAGAUAAAAUAAAAAUGAUUGUUGACUAUUUGUGCUUCCGGGAGAAAGGUCAAAUCUCUCGGACGGAGCAAACGUCUGAGGAAUUCAACCAAAGACGAGUGGAAAGCGUCUGAAAGCAUGUCUCACACUAUUCUGCUGGUUCAGCCCACGAAGAGGCCUGAAGGGCGGACAUAUGCUGAUUAUGAGUCGGUCAACGAGUGCAUGGAGGGUGUGUGUAAGAUGUAUGAGGAGCAUUUAAAGAGAAUGAACCCCAACAGUCCGUCGAUAACGUACGACAUCAGCCAGCUGUUUGACUUCAUCGAUGACCUGGCUGACCUCAGCUGUUUGGUGUAUCGCGCCGACACGCAGACGUACCAGCCGUACAACAAGGACUGGAUCAAAGAGAAGAUCUAUGUGCUGCUGCGUCGUCAGGCUCAGCAGGCGGGGAAGUGAAGCUGGUGAUUGGGAGUGGUAGUUAAAGUAGUGCUUUUUAAAUGGGGGGGGGGGGGGUUGUAUUUUAUAUGUUUGACUUAUUAAUAAAGAUUCACAUUAACAGUCAUUUUCAAUUAGUUGGUUUGUUGUUUUCUAGUUUAUUUGCUUUUCAAUCUUUUUUUUGCAUUUCCACUCUCUUCAAAAAAUCUUAAAAUUUCUUGAAUAAUGUUUUUAUGGAAUCUGCUUUCCCUGCCCUUUCCUCUGAAACUAGCACAAGAGGAGUUUUACCACUGAUGCUGCUGGUUUAUACUCUCAGGAAAGGACAAAAUUAAAAAAAUUUUCCUUUAAA